AGCUUUUACACCGACGUCACAGACAGAGCUGCUCAUGAUCCUCGUCGUCGUCCUGCUGCUGCUGCGUGACUGACGUCUUUUCCACAGACUUCCUGCCUUUCACUGCGGCGUUCUAUGUUCCUGUCGCGGUUUCCCUGUCAAACACACGUUAGACAGUGAUGUGUGAGUGAAGUGGACGUGUUUCAGAGUGGGUAAAUCUGCCGCUGCUGCCGCUGCUGCUGCUUAUGUUUCCCACUGAGACGGCUGUGUGUGCGGCGUACGCAGUUGCUGCAAACAUGUCUCUUUGUUGAGGAAACAACUGGUGGAUUUUUCUGUUGCAUUCACUUUUCAGGUGUGGUGGUGUGCCCAUGGAGAAGCCAUCCUCUUCAGGCAGAGCAGCGCUGGAGGAGAGAACAGGCCUGGUGGAGGAUGUUGAAGUGCUAAGAGGAGCUGAGGGCGGAGAGCCGGAUCGUCGGACCUCAAGGAAGAACAGCUCCUCCCGCAAGAGCUUCCGCCUGGAUUAUCGGCUGGAGGAAGAAGUGACCAAGUCCCGUCAAGACAAAUAUGGCAACUGGAUCAAUCCCUGGCCCACAUGGUGCUUUCCCUCCCCCGCAAGGAUGCUCAAGUUCUUUUUGUGGGAUAAAAAUCACAGCAAUGUGCCAACAAAUAAAGAAGUCCUGGACUCUGAGCUCCCAGUGAUGGAACCAUUCUUUGUCCAAAAGCGAGACCUGUGUGACUCUAAUCCAGGUCUGAGAGUCACCUGGCUUGGUCACUCCACAGUCCUGGUUGAGAUGGAUGGAUUGAAUAUUCUGACAGACCCCAUCUUCAGCCAGAGGGCCUCACCUGUCCAGUUCAUGGGACCCAAAAGGUUCAGAGGGCCUCCCUGCACUGUAGAACAGCUGCCCAGGAUCGACGCCGUUGUCAUCAGUCAUUCUCAUUAUGACCACCUGGACGCUGGAUCUGUGGCAAGCCUCAAUGCACGUUUCGGAGGGGAGCUACGCUGGUUCGUGCCCCUGGGUUUGUUGGACUGGCUGAUGAAAAUGGGCUGUGAGAAUGUGAUGGAGCUGGACUGGUGGGAGGAGAACUGCGUCCCGGGUCACGACGAGGUCACGUUUGUCUGUACUCCAUCUCAGCACUGGAGCAAGCGCACAGCUCUGGAUGACAACAAGUCUUUAUGGGGCAGCUGGACAGUUUUGGGGCCAGACCAUCGAUUCUUCUUCGGUGGUGAUACUGGCUACUGCUCCAGCUUCCAGGAGAUAGGACACCGUUUUGGACCAUUCGACCUCGCGGCAAUACCUAUCGGAGCGUACUUACCCAGGGACGUGAUGCAGGGCCAGCAUGUCGAUCCAAAGCAGGCUGUUCAGAUUCACCAGGACCUUCAGGCUAAACGAUCUUUGGCCAUUCAUUGGGGAACCUUUGCACUUGCCCAUGAGUACUACUUGGAGCCACCGGAUCGUCUCAGAGAGGCUCUGGAACAGAAAGGACUGAAUCCAAAAUCCUUCUUCACAUUGCAUCACGGGGAGUCUCGCCUCCUAACAUCUCAGGAAGGCGAUGUCUUCGAGUAAUCGUCAGUCCCUCCUGGUAGGAGGAUAUAUUGUAGAUUUGCAUCUGUAACAGGGUGAAGAACAUUUUUGUAGAUGGACUGUAGUCAAUUAAUUAUGACAUACAAAUGUAUACAGUUGAUCCAAAAAAAAUAUUCAAUAAUGUUUACAUACUAAAUGUUUGCCCUGUCAUCACAUUGUCACUGAGGGAUUCACAAUAAUAAAGGAAAAAGGUUUCUUAA